AUGGAACGCAUCCUCCUCCCCGCCUUCUACCGCUUCAUCACCGCCGCCUUUCCCUCCCGCACCGAAAAGCUCGCCUCCCUCAUCUCCUUCAGCGACCUCACCUCCCCCGCCGACUGGUACGAAGAAACGCGCAAAACCAAACGUCGCUUCAUCCUCCACGUCGGGCCCACCAACUCCGGCAAGACCUACGCGGCCCUCAAACGGUUCGAAGAGGUCGAGUCCGCCAUCUACUGCGGCCCGCUGCGGUUGUUGGCGCAUGAGGUGUAUGAACGCAUGAAUGCGAAGGGGAUACCGUGUAAUUUACUCACGGGCGAGGAGAGGAGGGAGAGCGAUGGUGUGCACAAGACGGCGGCGACGGUGGAGAUGGCGCCGGUGGGGAGACGGUUUCAGGUGGCGGUGUUGGAUGAGAUACAGAUGAUUGGGGAUCCGUCCAGGGGGUGGGCUUGGACGCAGGCGGUUUUAGGGAUACAGGCGGACGAGGUACACCUGUGCGGUGAGCCGACAGCGGUUCCCCUCAUCAUGGCGAUGACCGAAGACACCGGCGACAUCGUUGAGGUCAAAGAAUACGAGCGCCUAACCCCCUUAAAAGUCUCCGCCCACAGCCUCAACAGCGACCUAACCUCCCUCCGCCGCGGCGACUGCAUCGCCACCUUCAGCCGCCAAAACAUCUUCGCCCUCAAACGCCAAAUCGAGCAAAAAACCGCCCUCAAAGCCGCCGUCAUCUACGGCUCGCUCCCCCCGGAAACGCGCACCGAGCAAGCCCGCCAAUUCAACGACCCCAACGGCCCUUACGACGUCCUCGUCGCCUCCGACGCGAUUGGGAUGGGAUUGAAUUUGAAUAUUGGACGAAUGAUCUUUGAACGGAUGGAGAAGUGGAAUGGACAGAGUGUGGAGCAGUUGAGCGUGAGUCAGACGAAACAGAUUGCUGGGAGAGCGGGGCGGUUUCAGACGCAGUGGGAGAAUGGGGAGUGUUGUACGUUUGAUGAGUAUGAUAUGCCCGCGUUGAGGGAGGCGAUGAGGAUGCCGACGCCGGGGGUUACGGCCGCGGGACUCCUACCAACCCUAGAACAACUCGAACUGUUCCACCGCCUCCUCCCCGAGGAAACACUCACCGCCCUCCUCGACCGCUUCCAAGACCUCGCCUCCCUCCACGGCCGCUACUUCCUCUGCAACCUCACCUCCGUCCAAAAAAUCGCCACCCUAAUCGAACCGGUCCCCCUGCCCCUCCGCGAACGGUACGUCUUCACCCUCGCCCCCUGCAACGCCGACGAGCCCGUUCUGGGUGUUGCCAUGCUGGCGUUUGCGAAGGCUCAUGCGGCAGGCGAGGAGUGUGGGUUGGAGGAGUUUGUGAAGCUGGGCACGCUGCCGCCGGGGGAUGUGGAGGAGUUGAGGGACCUGGAAGGCGUGCAUCGGUUGAUUGUGCUUUAUAUGUGGUUGGGGUACGUUGAUAUCUGUCCGUUUUUUCAUUUUCGGUUUACCCCCCCACUUCUGAUGCUGAUGCCUUUUGGAAUGGGGAUUUUUUCUUUUGAAAGUCUGAGAUUCCCGGAAACUUUCAUCGACACAGACCUCGCGCACCACCUCAAAAAGGAAUGCGAGGCGUUCAUCAACGAAGGGCUUGCGCAUCUCAAGUUUGAACGGAAGAAGAAGGUUAAGGGGGCUGCGAAGGUUGCGCGGCGGUUGGCGUUGGCAGAGUCCGAGUCCGAGUCCUCAACGUCAACCACAGAGGCGGGGACCGCAGGGGAGAGUGCGGUGGGUGAGGGUACGCAGCCGCGGGGAGAUGCAGAGCAGGUGGUGGCGGAACAUGAUAUGCCGCCUGUGAAGGUGACGAAACCGCGUUUAGCUGCUUCUGAGCGGUAUUAGAGAUGUAUAUUCGUUCUUUGCGCCGUUUCACUGUAUAAACGUAACGGUGUAUGUACUGUACGUAGCAACCCCUCGCAUGUAGAUUUUGUGGUAUAUAAUUUAUAGGUUUAGACUUUCCCCUUCUUAGUUAGUUUUUCUAUCGAUGG